AUGGAUCCCCGUGUCUCUACUGCUUCAGGCCCGAAGGCCAAACGGUGGUCCAAGAACCCUGGAUCGUCGCAUCUGCUGCGAAAUGUCAGGACUCUCAGUGCGGAGCGCCUCGCUGUGGAAGCCCCAGAAGAGGAGGGUCGGCCGCAAACAUGCCCCGCGCCGACGUUAACGCCUCACCUGCACUGGAACCUGAACAACUCAGCUCUCAAUAUGCUGCCAAAGAACCAAGUCGAAGAGCUGUACGGGUUGUUCAUGUUCUACGACUCGUCCACGAUUGGAGACGCGCUGCCUUCGAUCAACUGUACGCGGUUCAUGGAGCUCCUGCGCGACGCCGGACUGCUCAGCAACAAUGAUGUUAUCCCUAGUUCCAGCUCGGUUGUGCCACCGACGGAAGGACUUCGGGUUGAGAGUGUCGAGAGGAUCUUCGCACAGGCUGUCAUGGGCAAAAUGCGCGUCUACUUGGACGCAGACGACCAGCCAGCGCUGACGUUCUCGCUCUUCUGCGGCGCCAUCAUGAAUUGCGCGAUGCUGCUGGUUCCGUCGGAGCAUCCCACCGACGCGUUACGCCAGACUCUUCCGAGGCUUCUCGCCUGCUCGAUUGGCACCGAGCAUCACGCUUCAGCGGCGAAGAAGGGCUUGAUCGGACACCUCCCCACGGGUGGCACGCUUUCGUGUUGGAUACCCGAGCAAUCACAUGCUCCGCUCCCUCAGCCAGAAGACGGUCAACAAGACUUCCGAGACCUGCCGUCUUUCCAACAAGUCAUCGCCGACUGUGAGAGCGACAUGGCGCUCGAGGAGCUCAGGCAGGAGAGAGUGGCAAAGCUCUACCAUAUCCCUGAUCGCCUGCUUGCGAGCUUCGAGCACGACACGAUCGCACUCAUUUCGGACAAGUUCCGUCUACCUUCCUGA